GUGUAGCAAGACGACCUCGAACGACUUCUCCUCGCUACGCGGCAGCAACGGCACGAACACCCGCAUCGUUGCCGACCACACCAAGAUGCUGUACGAGACGAUUGGCAUUGUCCGCGUGGGCAAGCUGUCCGAGGUGAAAGAGAUCGUCCUCACGGCGGGCCAGAUCAUCCUGCGCCAGGGCGGCGUGAUCCGCGACGUGGCCAACUGGGGCGUCUUCCACCUGCCGCGCACCAUCUCGCACAACCAGAAGCGGCACUCGCGGGGCCACUACUUCGUGCUGCGCUACGACGCCAGCAUUGCCACGCACAAGGCGGUGCGCGACGCCCUCGAUGUCGACCCCCGCGUGCUGCGCGCCGGCGGCGUCAAGCUCGGCGACGGCAAGCUCGAGACCCUCAGCAAGUUCGGCCCUGUCAAGUGGCGGUCGAUGGAGUGAGGUGGUGGAUUGAUUGCUUGGGGCGGAUCGGGGUGCGCAAUACAUAUGGGCCGACGGCUGGGCGGGAUUUUGAUUUGGGGACUUGGGAGUGCUCAGCACUCGAUAUGAUAAGGGAUAGAUACAGGACAAGCGGCGGGACGGCGCUCUUCGCCAGCUGAGCUGAGCCGGGCUUAGAAGAGCGACUGGAGGAAAUCAUGGGUCAGGGACCGCGAGGCCAUGCUUGAGGGGCCGGAGGGGAAGCCUGCUCGCCACCACCACGAGUAGGCGCGAGGGUUGUACGAUACAUGGCUUGUAUGUGUGCAUUACAUACCAUAGACCUGCUUAAACCGAGAUGGUGCUUGCCGGGCUUUGAACGAGGCCUCGGCGUCGACGG